AGAUCAGUCUCAAUUAAAACGGGAUAAGGAAAAACAAUUCCGGUAGAACUGUUCACUCGUUACUUAAAAAAAAGCAAACAACUUUACUACACAAGUUAUACCCAAGCAGGCUCUCCAUUUUCCUCUCACUCAAAUGGAGCUCGCAAAAACAUGCCACUGUCUCCGCCAUUACGGCUCGAGGUCGCCAAAGAAAACCGGAAGCGUCCCUGGCAAGAACCACAAUGGCGCCAGUUUCGCCGUUGCAACGGGGAACAAACAGUGACCGCCCAUACGCGUCAGCCUAUCACAGUCCGCGUAUCAACGCCUCGCGUCCGCUCUUCGUCAGCGCGAGUCAAAGGCCGAUCGAGACUGUUCGGAAGGAGUCGGACGGAGAGGAUUAACUUAAAGCGGAAUUUUAUUUUACACCUGAAAUCAAGCCAAAUCAGCAAACUUAACGUCACUGAGACCCGUGGACUUUUAAAGGGGCGGAUGGAGAGUUUAUAAUCCCUUCUCUUACCAGUUUAUCGGAGCCCUGAGAGAUUUUAAUCAUCGCAUUUUUGGAGGAGGUUAUCAGUGAUUAGCUUAGCACGCUGGCGCGAGCGCGGACUGCGAUGAGCGUCGCGCGCCUCGGAUGUUCCCGCAUCGGAGCUCGCUGAAGCAGAAGGCCUCAAAUGGGAAAAACAAGCAUCGGGAGGGAAUACCAAGUAUAAUUUUGUAGAUGUAGCUCACGUUUUGAAGAAGGAUUCCUUGGACUUCACAGCCACAUCUUCAGCAUUUUUAGCUGGAUUUUAACCUUUCCCACCUGAAGACGGCCAUGGAAUCGACGGUCGAUGACGAUGCGAUGGAAGCGUGAAUGAGGUUUGGCGUGGCAAUAGCUGAACGAUGCCCAAGGGUGGGGGUUCUAAAACCCCCCAGCUGGAGGACUUCCCAUCCAACACCGACAUGGUGGAAAAGCAGGGUGGGAAGAAGGAUAAAGACAAAGGCUCGUCAAACAAGACCCCUAAAUUGGAUCACAGCGAUGGUGUCAAAGAGAUGAAAGAGAAAGCUCCUAAGAGGAAGCUGCCCUUCACCGUCGGAGCCAAUGGAGAUCAGAAAGAUUCUGACUCUGAAAAACAAGGUCCAGAGCGGAAGCGAAUUAAAAAAGAGCCCACUAACACCAGGAAGUCAGGCCUGCCAUUUGGGAUGGGCAUGCCAGGGAUCCGGGCUGGGUACCCCCUCUCAGAGCGGCAGCAGGUGGCUCUUCUCAUGCAGAUGACGGCGGAGGAGUCCGUAAACAGUCCAGACACAACACCAAAGCACCAGUCGCAGUCAAGUCUGGGUCAGAAGGGAACGCCAAACUCUGCCUCAAAAACCAAAGACAAAGUUAACAAGCGGAAUGAGAGGGGUGAGACGCGGCUGCACCGGGCAGCCAUACGUGGGGAGGCACGCCGGAUAAAGGAGCUCAUCAACGAGGGGGCUGAUGUGAAUGUAAAAGACUUUGCAGGCUGGACCGCACUGCAUGAGGCGUGUAACAGAGGGUAUUACGAUGUGGCCAAGCAGCUGCUGGCAGCCGGGGCUGAGGUUAACACCAAGGGCCUGGAUGAUGACACGCCUCUACAUGAUGCGUCUAACAAUGGCCAUCUUAAAGUUGUGAAGCUGCUGUUACGAUACGGAGGGGAUCCUUCUCAAAGCAACAGAAGAGGAGAGACUCCGUUAAAAGUGGCAAAUUCGCAAACAAUGCUUAACCUAUUGCUGGGAAAAGGCACUUACACCUCCAGUGAGGAGAGUUCCUCAGAAUCUUCUGAAGAGGAAGACGCCCCAUCAUUUGCCCCAUCCAGCUCUGUUGAUGGCAAUAAUACAGACUCAGAGUUUGAGAAGGGCUUAAAGUUAAAAGGGAAGGGCAUGGACCCACCCAAAUCCACCACCACUCCUGUCAAGGAUGAGUACGAGUUUGAUGAGGAUGACGAGGAGGAGCGUGUCCCACCUGUGGACGACAAGCAUCUGCUCAAGAAAGAGUUCCGCAAGGAUCCUGUCAGCAAGACAAACAACUUUAUCUCCAUACCUAAGAUGGAGGUUAAAACUUAUUCCAAAAGCAACUCGCUAACACCAAAGAAGGCUGUGCGCAGGAUCCUGUCGGACAGCAACAGCUCGGACGAGGACGAUAGGACGUUGUGUUUCACACCCACAACCACACCAAGGCAAACUGCAACUCAGACAAAUGUCAAGAGCCGGGACUCGACGUCGCUGAGCUCCAAGCAGCAAAAAGACAAAAGUAAAGUCAAGAAGAAGAGGAAGAAGGAGACGAAGAAUAAUGUUAGUAAGGAGGUGCGCUUUGGUAAAGUGAACGACAAGUUUUGCACCUCAGAUUCUGAAAUUGGGGACUUGGAGAGCGAGGAUGAUAAAGGAUCCAUGCAGAGUGCAAAUUGUGUAAAGGACUCUUCUACAUUGAGCCUCAAAGACUCCUCUGUUUUUAGUUCUCUGGCUGUCUCGAAUUCAUCCUCCACGCAUGGGAGUCUGAGCUCUCAGAAACACACACAGUCUCUGGCAGAGCAGCACCCAAAGCAGUGGAGGACAGAUGGCUGGAAGACUGUGUCCUCUCCAACAUGGUCUGAUGUCAGCUCCCUCUCAGACUCCGUCAGAACAAGGCUUUCCAGCGAGUCAGACUACUCUUCUGCUGACUCCAGCAUUGAGUCUGUGAAACAGGUGAAAAAGAAAGUGCAAGAGAACAGAAAGAAAAACAACACGCAUGCCAAUGCGGUAGACAAAAAGAACUCUGAGUUUUACAAGAACUCGAACACGGAUGGGGCCAUUUCUAAAACAGACAAAGAUGGAAAAGUGUUAAAGAAACACAAAGUGAAACACAAACACAAAAAUAAGGAAAAAGAUAAGGCUCCAAGUGUUGUGUUGAGUCAAGACAUGAAUGAAAAGUUUGUCAAGAGCUUUUCUUUUGACUUUGACGAUACACGGCAGAAGUCGCUCAUUGUUGAGACAGAGUCACCUUCUGAAAAUAGGGUCAAACUUUCCAAACAUGAGAAAGAUCAUUUUAAGAAGGAGGACAGACUGUCAAAGGGUAAAUCAGAAGACAAGGACUGGCCAGGUAAAGAAACUCAAAGGAUGAUCAAGGAAGAGAGGUCAAAGAAGACAAAGGAGUCCAACAAGGAAAAGGUGAGCAAAGAGGAAAGGGACAAACCUUUGAAGGCUGAGAAGGAGAGAAGCAUAAAAGACAAAGACAAGGCAAAAGAGGAGAAGCAGAAAGCCCAUAAAGAUGAUAAAAAGAAAAAGUCUAAGGAUAAAUCCCUCAAAAUUGACAAAAAGAAUGAGCAAAAAGAAGACAAACAUUUUAAAUCUGAGAAAAGCAUAAAAGAAGAAAAGGAAAAGUGUAAGAGGGACAAAAACAUCAAAGAAGACCCUGAUUAUGAAGACUUUGACUUAAAAAAUCACCUACUAGAGGACACCAAGAUGAGUGCGUCAGAUGACCCCCAUGAUCGGUGGCAGUCAGACAUGUCUUCUGACAGUUCGCUUUAUGGCGAUGAUAGCUGGGACGCUCCUGUAAAAGAAUACAAAGCUAAUAAUGCGGUCAAGUUAAUUGUAGAAACAGUGAAGGAGGAAAGCAGGGAUAGAAAAAAGGAAAAUAAGGUCAAAGAUAAAAAGCCAGAUCAUGGAGAAAAACGUCCUGAAAAGGAAACCGCAUCAAAGAAGAAAGACAAGGAAUCCUCUGAAAAGAAUGCUGAAAAGAAAAAAGACUGGACCGACAAACAAAAGUUUAAUUCUGGUCAGUCACUGGAAAAGGAGAAGAAACGAAAAGAAUCAGCAGAGGGUGUCAAAGAGAAGAAAGAGAAGGAUUCUGUGGAUGGCAGCAGAGACAGAAAAGAUUCCUAUGAGUUUACUAAAGAAAGAAAAGACUCCAAAACAAAACAAGAAUCUUUGAGAGAUGACUAUGGGAGUGAGGCCUUCUUUAAAGACAAACCAGAGAAUGAAACCACUUGUAAGUCUGACCCCAGGGAGAGGAACCACUCUGGAAAGGAAAGGGAGAAGAAAAUGGAUGGUGUGGAAAAGAAAGAGAAGUCCAAAGGAGAAAAACACAAGGACAAACCCAAGGACAGAAAUUUGGAGCAGGAAAAAGAGAAACCUGAGAAAAACUCAAUUGAUAGGUCAAUGAAAGAGAAAGAUCCAGAAAGGACCUCCAAAGACAAGCGAGAUGGGGUUAAAGAAAAGCAUAAAGAUUCUCAUAGCAAAGAAAAAGAAAGGAAGUUGUCAUCUGAACAGAAUAAAGAUAAGAAAGAAAAGACAUCCCAGGACAAACAUGCUGAUAGAGACAAAGAUUUCUUGGAGUUUAAGAAAGAAGAGAGAAAACCUGAAAAGGUGAGAGAGAAGACAUGGUAUACAAUUGCAGAUAUUUUUACAGAUGAGAGUGAGGAUGAAGAUGACGGUUAUAAUGGGGGUGUUGCAAAAUUUAGUGACUCUCUUGGACUGUCAGAUCUACACAGGAAAGAUUCCACACCUGACAGAGAUGAAAUGGAUAAUUUCCAAACAGAUAAACAUAAGAAAUACUCUGAGGGCAAAACACAUUCCACAGAAAAACAAAAAGACAAGGAACAUAAAGAUAAGAAAAAAGAGAAGGCAGCAUUUGAUGCUGGAAAAGAGAGAAAAGCCUCCAUGGAGAAACACAAAGAUAAAAAGGACAAAGAUUCAACUGACACUAAACACAAGGAACGGAAGGACAGAGCAUCUGUGGAUUCCAAUCAAGACAAGAAAAGCAAACAGAAACUUCUCGACAAGAGAGACGUCAGUGAAGAAAAGGGCAAAAAUAAAUACAAAGACAAAACCGAGCACUUAAAAGAACGAAAAUUUUCAAAGGGGAGUGGUGAAAAUGAGAAAUCCUUGUUGGAGAAACUUGAAGAAGAGGCGAUGAAUGAUUAUAAAGAUGAUGCCAAUGAUAGAAAUAGUGAAAUUUCAUCAGACAGUUUCACAGACAGAGGUCAUGAGCCGAUUCUGAGCAGCUUUUAUGAUUCCUCCAACAUUAGCAUACCCGACAUUUCCGAGGAGAGAAGAGAGUCCAUCUCCAUCUCUAAUGCACAGGACAAGUUCCGAGAGAAAGAGAGGCAUAGACAUUCGUCAUCUUCAUCAUCCAAAAAGAGUCAUGACAAAGAAAAGGAGAAAGUCAAGAAAGAAAAGGGGGAGAAAAAAGAUAAGUCAGAGGAGAUCAGAGAAUCCUAUGGCCGCAGAGAAAGCUUGCCCUUUGACAAAGAGCCCAUGCCUUUGGAGGCUGACCCUUACACUUUUCCAUAUGGUUCCAAAGCUGAUGGUGAGGAUGACUUGGAAAAAACUCUGGAGUUUGAGAAGGAGAUGUCCAAAAAGGACAAAACAAACAGUGUCAUGAACAGUGAGAAAAUAAAAGACAAAAAGAAGAAAGAGAAACACAAGGAAAAAGUGAAAGAAGAAAAGCAUAAAUAUUCAGAUGGUUUUGGCUCCUUCAGGCACUCAAAAGAGGAACAGAAAUCUGGAUUGAAGGAAAUCACUCAAGUCACAAGUCUUAAAGAGAAGUCUAAAGAAGACGGUUCUAAAUUUGAUGGGAAAUAUAAGGAGAGAAAUAAAGAUAUCAUGGAUAAAGAGAGAACAGAUGUCAAGGCAAAGGUCAAAGAUGAGAACGACAAAUUCAGCCAGUCAAAAGAGACAGCUCGAAAAGACAACCGCCCUCGUGAAAAGCUGUUGGUUGAUGGUGAUCUUAGACUAACGAGUUUUGGCAAAAUGCUUAGUUUAAAAGAUCAGGAGAUUGAAGAGCGCCAUAAAAAACACAAGGAGAGAAUGAAACAGAUGGAAAAACUGAGGCAUCGCUCGGGCGACCCAAAACUCAAAGAUAAAACUAAGUCAAAUGAAGAACUGAAGAAGAACCGCAGUGAACUCUCCAAAAAAUCUGCUUCAGUGGAAACUGCUUUGAAAGAGAAAAAGAUAAAAGAUAUUGGCCUUCCAACCCAAAUGAUGUCGCCUGAUAGAAAACCACAACCUAUGGACAGCCAGAACUCAAAAGACUGGCUCGCUGGCCACCAAAUGAAGGAAAGUCUUCCUGCAUCUCCACGACCUGACCAGAACAGACCAACAGGUGUCCCCACCCCAACAUCUGUGAUCUCGUGUCCAAGCUAUGAGGAAGUCAUGCAAACUCCACGCACUCCAUCCUGCAGUGCAGAGGACUAUCCUGACAUCAUGUUCGAGAGUCUUGAGUGUCAGAAUUCCUCGGCCACAACCAUGUCCAUGAAUGCCUGCUCUCCAUUCUUCGAUAGAUAUUCUAACUCGUCAAGUAACUUCCAGGAGGGAACUUGCAUAACACCAGCAAAGAACAUGCAGUUACCCCUUAGUCGGUCUGUCACCUCUGAUGUCAGAAGACCACUUGAGAUUGAGUUCAAAGUAGAGGCAGAUAAGUUAAGACAGCAACAUAUACAAGAAGGCACAGCAUUCGAGUCUUCAGCGUCACAUCUUACUGAGGACAAGAUGGCAGCUGACAGACUUAAUUGCAUUUCCUCUUCAUUCUGUUUAUCGCCUAUCGACAUGAUGUCUCCCAGGCCUGACCCAUCACAACACGAUAGCGUACCAGAUGAUGUACCAUCUACUGUAAAUUCCAUCAACGAUGGCAUUGAACACCCAGGGAGUGUCUUUAACAACUAUCUCAUGAAGCCCUCAACUCCAGUCCAUAGACCCGACCCCCAGGAGCCUUGUCUGGAUAUAGCUGCUCCCCCAACUCCAGCACCUGCUGCCCUGCCUCCCAUGGAUAUUGAUGAUCUUUCAGAGACCCACCAGAGUGGACCCGGUCUAACACCAGCCCACCCUGUUAGUGGGAGUGACUACUUGCCUCCUGUUGUUGAAGAGCAAGAAGAUGAUGAGGAGGAUGAUGAUGAUUUUGUUGAGGAUACCAGAGAAGGUCACCACACUGAAGACGAGACCAUCCAGUCUAGAAACGAUCCCACUUAUACACUCGGGAUUGAGGAAACUGACAAAAAGCCUUGGCUUGAAUGUCCGGAUAGAAGAGAUUCUGAUGUACUUCCCAUAACACCAGCCCAUCUGCAAGACAACUACAUGGACAACUCGUGUGAUCAGUCCUUAGGCUGGAAUUCAGAAGUGAUCAUGAAAUCACCUCAUGAGAGUUACAGAGAGGUCGAGGCAGCUGUCUCAAAGAUUAGCAGUCCCUAUUCACACUCCGAUUGUGAAAUGCAGCAUAUUCCAGGUGUAAUGCCUGUGACACCACCUCACUCUACUUAUUCUACAGCAUACUGUCCAUCACAAAUGUCUGACACUCAUUAUGAGGUCCACAAAGACACAGUGGAAGACAUUCAAUCACCAGACAGACCUGUAACAGAGGCACUGGAGACAGAAUCGCCUCGACUAGAAACGUUCUUCACUGAUUGCAAACCAAAUCCUGAGGAAGCUCAGAUGGACCUAGAGCCCUCAUGUAUGAUGAAAGACAAUAUACAAGAUUCUCCCACCUAUGCUGCAGAGAACAGCAUGCCUGUAGCCCCACCAGUCAGCCAAGAACCUGUUGUUUCAUGGGCAGAUCCAUUCUCUGGUGCAGCUGAUGAAAUGGAUGACAUGGGUCCCUUCUCUAUACCAGACCUUCCUUUUCAAGAGAAGGAGAUGCAGGAUCCUGAUAUAACAGCCCCAGAGACUGCAGAGAGUAAGCAGACAAGACCUCCAGUCAUUGAGACAAGCGAAAAUGACAUAAUGGAUGUUGACCUGCCAAGUUUGUCCAAAGCUCCUUGUUCUCCUGCAGUUGUGCCUCCGACUGAAUCUGGUCAGGAUUUGAUUCCCCCAAUAAGUGACAGUGGCUAUAGACCACAGUGUGAGUUGGAGCCAGAGCCUCAGAACGUCCCUGAUGUUCCUCCCAUAAAAGAAGCAAUUCCAGAGGAGAGGGGAGCAUUUGAAGAAGGGAGUGAAAACAACAGUAACUUGUUCUCUACUGAAAGUGAAAAGGAACAUGAAUACAGGCAAAAAGAAACAAUCCCAGAUAUCAUGAUGCCAUCUGUAAUGGUACAAUAUUUGGAUCUACCAGUCACCACAAAACCACUUUCAUUAGGACAAAAUCCUGUGGUAGCUUUGGGUCCCUCAUGUAGCCCUCAUCCUUCUGUUCAGGUCCCAACUGUCUCAGUGCCUAGCAGCACUCAAGUAUCAGAGGCACUUGAAACAACCACCAAGUUGUCAGUGACCAUACCAGUGUCUGAGGCACCCAAGAAAAUUGAGGAAAUACCUCAGAGGAUGACCCGGAAAAAGGCUCAGAUGCUGGCCAAUCAGAACAAACAGAGUACUGCGCUAAGCUCGUCAAGCAUCACCUGUUCAGUAUCCUCCUCAUCAGUCACCACAAGUGUGACCACCUCUUGUGUCACUGUAGAAAAGGAGAAAGAGCCCAUCAGCUCCACCACAGCUCAAACAUCUACUCCUGCCCCUGCACUAAUCACCAAAACAAAAGGCAGGCCUGUUGAGGAAGACGACAACCAGUCCCAACAUCCACGCAAGAGGAAGUUUUCAAAAUCAGGCCAGCAACAGGUGCAAGUUCAGCUUGUGAACACAGCAAUGAAGCAGACUCGGGAAAUGAUCCAGCAGACACUGGCAGUCAUUGUGAAUGCCAUCAAAUUGGAUGAAAUAGAGCCAUACCACAGUGACCGCUCCAACCCUUAUUUUGAGUACCUUCAGAUCCGCAAGAAAAUUGAGGAAAAGCGGAAGAUUUUGUGUUACAUAACACCUCAAGCUCCCCAGUGUUACGCAGAGUAUGUGACGUACACAGGAUCCUAUCUACUUGAUGGCAAGCCUUUGAGCAAGCUUCAUAUUCCUGUGAUUGCUCCACCCCCAUCUUUGUUGGAGCCUCUGAAGGAGCUGUUCAGACAACAAGAGGCAGUGAGAGGAAAACUAAGACUGCAGCACAGCAUCGAGAGGGAGAAGCUGAUUGUAUCUUGUGAGCAGGAAGUGCUUCGUGUUCAUUGCAGAGCAGCAAGAACGAUCGCAAAUCAGGCAGUUCCCUUCAGUGCUUGCACAAUGCUGCUGGACUCAGAAGUCUACAACAUGCCAUCAGAAAGCCAGGGCGAUGAAAACAAGUCUGUGAGAGAUCGCUUCAAUGCUCGGCAGUUUAUCUCCUGGAUUCAAGAUGUGGAUGAUAAGUACGACCGCAUGAAGACGUGUUUGCUAAUGCGGCAGCAGCAUGAGGCGGCUGCUCUGAAUGCAGUGCAGAGAAUGGAGUGGCAACUCAAGGUACAGGAGCUGGACCCUGCUGGACACAAGUCCCUGUGUGUGAACGAGGUCCCCUCCUUCUAUGUGCCAAUGGUCGACGUCAACGAUGACUUUGUACUGUUGCCUGCGUGACACCGACACACAUUCAGACUCUGAGAGUUCGGUCUAACAUUAUUCAUCUAUCAAAGAGACAUCAAACAAAGUUCGGUAAGGGCUAGCCAGUUUGAGGAGAUUUCUUUGAGGAGAGAAAAUAUAUAUUAUAUAGAAAAAGGUAAAUGACAAAACUCGUCCUUUUCUGCCCGAGGAGGAACCGUCUUUUUUUAACGGGAGAAAAAAACACAACUUGCACUUUUAUCCUCAAGUUUUUAUGGUUUUGUUUGGGAUUUAAAAAGCAAAACUGCUUUGAACCUUGUCCCUCCUUUCUUGGGUUAUAUGGGUGAACAUAUGGGACAGAAUUUUUCUCUGUCCCAUCCCAUACUAAGUUACAGCAAACAAGGAGCUUGAGACAGGUUCGUCCACCUAUGUGCUCCAGAACAAGGGGACAGACGGCACAGUGGUGGACACAGAACUCCGAACACGGUCAACACCUCGAUGUGCAGGCACAAAAAAGACCCGCAAGAGUGCGACAGGAGUGCGAACUAACCCUCUACCUGUUUAAACCUGAGUCUAUAAUGCCUACAGCAGUGGAGAGAGUGGCUUUCCUGCUGUAUAGCACCCCAUGCGGCCCCACGUUCAGGGCAGGAAGCUGCAUGCAGGGGGUGGCAGCUCAGUAACAAAGCCAGGAGGAGAGACUGCGUUCAGUUUUAGGGCAUGAGACCUAGAGUGCCCUCACAUGGUGACAACAGUGCAUUUGGUCCCAGAUGCUGGAUCAGAAGCAUGGAGGAUGGACGGUCCCUAAGCCAGGUCUGACAUGUCUGGUUACAAACAACGGCAUAAGGAAAAAGACUAAUAAAAGAGCAAAUGAUGCUGUCAAAAAAUCAACGAGACAAGGACUUACAAGAUUAUAGUUUUCCUUUUUUUUUAUGUUUGUUUUUGGUUUAUGUCUUUCUUUACUUGGGCAUUUCAUUGUUCCCUUUCUGAGGAAGUGACUUGAAACACUACAGAGCCAACAUUAGUUUAAUGGAAAAAAAAAUAAAAAACUGAAAAAAAAGGAUUCCGUAAAUGAUGUACAGUUUUUAUAAUCAUUAACCAAUGUAUUCUCGCUGCCUUCUAGAUAAUUUAUUUUGCCACACAUUACUGCACAGUUGUAAAUAACUUAUGUACUGUAACAUCACUCAGUUAAGUGUAAAAAAAUAAAUGAAUAAAAGUUA